AUGGCGGAGGCGGAGGAGGAGGCGCCUCUGGCGUUCCCGGCGCGGCUGCUGGACCUGCUGGGCGUGGCCGUGUCAGGAGGCGCGGAGGGCGAGGGUGAAGGCGAGGGCGAGGGCAGGGGCGCGGGCGGGCGCGGCGUGCGCCUGCGCUUUGCGUUCGUCUGUGCCAUGCUCGCCGUCGAGACCUUCGCCUGGAUCCACCACACCAUGCACGCCCAGCGCAGGUACCUGCUGGCGGUGAUGUCCUUCACUGCGCUGCCGUGGUUGGGGCCGCUCGACCCCCGGACGGGUCGUCCGCCGGCGCCCUUGCCGCUCUCCUUGCCCGUGGACGACACGCGCGCGCUCGGCUACUACUUCAACGUAGCCUCGCAGGUGUCGCAGAUGCUGCUGUUCACUCUGUUGAUCCCGACCACCGACUGCACGUUGGCGGCGCUGAUGGCGCACGUGGCGCUGCGCCUGCGCGGGGUGGCCGUGGCGCUGGACCAGCUGCGCCCACGUGACGGUGCGGCCAAGGGCAGGGACUCGGGCGACGGGCAGUGGGCGCGGCGCCUGCGCCAGUGCGUGAGCGACCACCAGGUGGCGCUCGGGUUUAAAAAUAAGUUGUUUAAAAAAGGUAGUGUUGUAUUAUUUGAAAAACUACUGUCCAUCCAGAUCGUGUACAUCGUGAUGAUGCCGGUGUCGGGCUGCACCAUGGUGGCGCUGAUGGCCAACGCGGCGCUGCAGCUGCGCGCGGUGGCGGCGUCGAUGCGCGCUCUCGGCCACGCCGCCUGGCCCAGAGCCAGGGAGCGCCUGCGCGCCUGCGUCCGCCACCACCAGGAGGCGCUCAGGUGUGUGUGCGUGUGCAGGCUGGUGGACGAGGUGGACGCGCUGCUGCAGCUGCCUCUGGCCACGCAGUUCGUGUGCUGCUCCAUCAUGUUCUGUGCCAUGGCCAACCAGCUCACCAAGGUGACAGCAUUUGAGAUUUUUUCAUUUGAAUUUGUAAAAUCCCAAGGUUAUAUUAAAAAAUUUACAAAAUUAAUUUUGUACAAUGAAGGCGGCACGUCGCUGCACGCCAUGAUCCGCGAGGGCGCGCUGCUGGUGCCGUUCGUGGUGCAGCUGUUCGCCUACUGCUACGUGGGUGAGGGCGUGCGCGAGCAGGGGGCCGCGGUGGCGGCGGCGGCGUGGGCGUGCGGCUGGGAGGGCGGCGCCGCGCCGCUGGACGUGCGCAAGGACCUGCGCAUGGUGCUGCUGCGCGCGCAGAAGCCCACGCGCAUCACCGCGCUGCGCAUCGCAGACGUCGCCCUCCACACCUUCGGCGAGACAAGAGUUCUAAAUGGGGACGAAAUUGCUUCCUUGGAGGUCAAGGAAAUUCUUAAGGUAAUGAUGAAGGGUUCGUUAAUGGAAUAUGCAGUAAACAAUGAUGGGUAUAAUUCAGAUCAAGAUUUUAUUGAUGUUAAAACAUUAACUGAAAUUGAUAAUUUAUUCUAUUUUGUAUAA